AAAUAAUUUUGGCGGUCAUUUCAACAUGGCGGGACUCCUGUCAGAAGAGUCUGGCGCCGAGGAAAUCAAACUUGAGCUCGGCCUCGUCCAACAGACCAUCAAGGAAUUUCCGGGGUCAGUAACUCCCCUGCUAGAUUUUGACGCAGCCCUAAAGAAAAAAUUGAAAGUCACCCCGGAGCAGUGCCUGCAGUAUCGUGCCCAGAUCACCCAGCUGCAAAAAGACAUCAACAGUUUGGAGCAGGAAGUGGAGGCACAAGAUCAGGAUAUCUUGGCCAUCUCUGACCAAACUCUGCAAUGUUUGGAUGCAGAGCUGUAUCCAGAGGCUGGAGAGUUCCAGAGGGGGAAUUUCUCAGAGCAGAUCUACACUGUGGAUCAUGAACUGCAGAUGUUGUCCUCAUUGACAGGCAUCCAGUUCCAUGAUAAUACCAGUACUGUGAUAAGAAAAGAACAAGAGACCACAGUUAUACUGAAAUCCCUGUCAGGCCAUAGUCACUCUCUGUCAUUUGAUGUGCAGAUGGAAGUGGAAGAAAACUUAGUGCAGGACCAGUACUCUGAUUUAGUCAGGCUCACCAGGGGUCCGUAUGGAGAGGAGAUUGAGUUCAAGAAGCUGCAGGAUCCAGGUGCUUGUUUCAUUAUCACCUGCCUGGUGACCUUGACCUCUGACCCCUGGAAAGUGAUCCCAAAUGUCACACUGAAGGUGAAAGCCAAGAAUCAAAUGACCCAGCUGGAUGAGAAGUUGACACUACAGACAUGUGGGGAGGUGUUUCAGGACAUGAUCAAAGUGCUGGGACUGGAGCAGGCUAUACAUGCUAUCAUCAGGACAGCAACUUUACAAGAUAAUGUACAUACACCAGUAGAAUAGGAAGAUCUAUUUAGUUUAUUUGUUAGUUUGCCAGCCUACAGGAUUUCCCGUCUUGUUCGUGUCAUGAUUAGGCAAAGCAGAGUGACCUACAAUUCUGUUUUGUAGAGCACAGACCAUAGUGGUCUUUUUGACACCUUCUUACAUGGUCUAGUAUAUAGACCAUGAGCAAAUUAAAUGUAGAACAACACAGCAGAAGAGAAGCCAGACAAUAUAUAUAUAUACAUGUAUAUACAUGUACAUGACAUGUAGAAUACUACACGGUGUGUUCCUUAUCACCCAAGAUUCCAUCGCCCAAAGCCUAAGGGUGUUGUAUUCUAUUUGCAAACUGUAUGUCAUAUCCACCCGAGAAAACACACAUUUCAAUGUGGAAUGUGUCAAAAGUUGGUGUCCCUAAACAAAAAAUUGUAACAACAUCAAUUCCAAUAUCCAAAUCCAAUAUCAAGUUUUAUAUUUUAUAAAUAAUGAUGAGAACAUGGAUCUAGUUCAUAUCAUGGAACUUGAAUAUUUGUAUUAUGCAGCAGUGGUUGUA